UUCAUGAAGAAAACCUGUGUAAAUAUAAUAGAAAUUCUUCACACAUUUUGAUUCUCAGUGAUUUUUUUUUUUUGGUUUGUAUUGGAUAAAUACACUAAUUAAAAUGAUCACAAUGUCAAAUAAGGUAUCCUGUGGAAAAUUCUCCAUUAUAAUGAACUUUAGAUAAACAGUUCCAGAAAUUGUGUCAUCAUUACACUGAAGUUUUACUCUGUAAGUAGCUAAAGAAGGAGGUAAGAAAAGGAGUCAAACAGAAAACAAAUAUCUUGAUCCCAGAGGAUUUUUAAAAGCAUUUAGAGGCAGCAAGAACAUUUUAAUUUCCUCUUAAUAAAAUUCCCAAGACAUGGCAUACUUUAGGGACACAAAUUCUCCCAGAACAAGAAAAAUGAUGUAACUACUUCUGAAAACCUUAAUUCAUGUGGGUAUUUUUAAAUUUUUUUUCAGAGUGGAAUCUUCCUACUUCCUUGGGGAAAAAAACUAAGAAUAAAACCAAGUGACUACUUGAGAGUUGGACUUCUUCUCUGUGCAAAGGCACAGGUUGGGGUGGGAAGAUGCGAUGCAUGCUGAAAAAAGAGCACGGUUUGCACUCCAGUGUUAAUUCUCUAAAGAAGAAAGGAACUCACUGACAUAGGCCAAACUAACCAAUGGCUGGUGAAAACUAUACAAGGAUCACAGAGUUUAUUUUCACAGGCUUAGAGUACCAUCCGCAUGCGCAAGGCUUCCUCUUCUUGCUCUUCCUUCUUUUUUACCUUGUUACCAUGACCGGAAACCUGGGCAUGAUUUUCCUCAUCCGGAUGGAUUCCCACCUGCACACACCGAUAUACUUUUUUCUCAGUCACCUGUCCUUUGUGGAUGUCUGCUUUUCGUCCGUGGUUGGCCCCAAGAUGCUCAGAGACUUCUUCGCUGAAAGGAAAGCCAUUUCUUUCCUAGGCUGUGCCUUGCAGCGGUGGUCCUUUGGGCUCUUUGUGGCCAUGGAGUGCCUUCUCCUGGCAUCCACAGCUUAUGACCGCUACGUGGCCAUCUGUACCCCACUGCUGUAUUCAGUUCUCAUGUCCCACAGACCCUGCAUACAGCUGGUGGUUGGACCCUGCGCUGCUGGAUUUCUGAACACCAUGACCCACACAACAGCUGCUUUCCGACUUCCCUUCUGUGGUUCCAACAUUAUCAAUCACUUCUUCUGUGACAUGUCCCCACUUCUAUCUCUGGUAUGUGCUGACACACGGAUCAAUAAAUUGCUAGUUUUCAUCGUGGCUGGAGCUGUACUUGUGGUCAGCAGCCUGACUAUAUUAGUCUCCUAUUUUCACAUCCCCAUCUCUAUCCUGAGCAUCCGCUCUGCUCGUGGGAGGCACAGAGCCUUCUCCACCUGCUCUUCCCAUCUCACAGCUGUCUCCAUCUCGUAUGGGACUCUCUUCUUUAUCUACGUGAGGCCAGGAGCAGUUUUCGCUCUGGAUCUCAAUCAAGUGGUGGCAGUGUUCUACACAGCAGUGAUUCCCAUGUUGAAUCCUCUCAUCUACAGCUUGAGAAAUAAAGAAGUGAAAGCUGCUAUAUGCAGGACCAUCGCCAGGAGAAAGUUUUGCCUCAAAAGUUAA